AUGGCGGCGGGGGACUUCUCGCGUGCCUGCUUCAACGUCUCCGUCCUCUUUGGCUGCCUCGGCAUCGCCUUCAAAUUUUCCUUGAUGGACUAUGUCGCCAAGGCAAGCAGCCGCUCCUCAGCCCCCCUCUCCUCCCCUGCUACCUGCUCUGCUGUUCGUGAACAAACUAUGCUAAAGGUUUUGCUCAUGGCUUGUACUAAGCAGACUGCUCGUAAGUCCACUGGAGGAAAGGCUCCUAGGAAGCAGCUAGCCACCAAGGCUACCCGUAAGUCUGCUCCCACAACUGGAGGAGUGAAGAAGCCUCACCGUUACCGCCCUGGAACUGUUGCUCUUCGUGAGAUCCGCAAGUACCAGAAGAGCACGGAGCUGCUCAUCAGGAAGCUUCCAUUCCAGAGGCUUGUUAGGGAGAUUGCCCAGGACUUCAAGAUGAUCAAUCAACUUACUGACCUCCGCUUCCAGAGCCAUGCGGUGCUGGCCCUUCAGGAGGCUGCAGAGGCCUACCUGGUGGGUCUCUUCGAGGAUCCGUGGCGAGAGGGCUUAAGAGCCUGUGAUGUUAUCAAAAUAUUUGCUACUCUUAAUGGGGUUAUCCCACUUGAUGAUCUUAACCACCAAGAUCUCUGA